GAGGAACGCAAGAAGCGUUCCGAGAUCGCCUCAGUAGUGCAGGUAGUGGUUCCCGCCAUAGACCAGUUCAGUGAAACUGUGGAAGGACACCAACACCUCCUGGGAGAUGGCUUCCGCCUCCGCUGGCGCCCGCUCGCGAUCGUCAAGGCAGCCGAGGCUCAUAAGAACCGUUUUAAGAUCCCCGAUCCCCCAGUGCCAAUGAAUGUUCGGGCAGCCGCUGCAGACCAAAGCAGCGGAACUCAUGUCCACAACACAGGCAUGAACAGCCAGGAGCAGCGCGAGGCGACGACAACGCCCAACACAACAACGCCAGCUAGGCAUACUACACUAGCUAGGACCCUAGCGCACCUAGCCACCGGGUCGCAGCAAGGGUUCAUGACAAUCGACCAAGGCACGCAUUCCAGUAGCGCAGACAUGGAAGCCAUGGAACCGUGCACUUUUCAGCGACCGUGCAUCGCAACAUCCGCCGGUCGCGCUGAAGCCCACCGUGGCUUUCAGAAUGCCCGUCGUGAGUAUGAUGAGGGCUGCGCAGCUUCGGGUAUAACCCCGGAGGCAGGCAACCUCGCGAAUGCGGCGAGGAUCUGUGCGCCGCCGGCGACGCUUCACUUAGCUGAAGCGGAGUUCACGCCGGUGCUGUUGGGCCCUAGCCCCGCCGAUAUGGUGGUGGACAUAUUUACGCACGAGUAUGAAUAUAACGCUACCGUGCAGCGCAUUCGCAAUGACUGGUCAGGUUCGCGGAUGGAGCAGACCAAGCCCGGAAGCACCGUCUUCAGAUGCCGUUCCGGUCGUGCCGCGGGCGAUGCGAAGAAUGCGGCCACAGACCAGCGCCUGGGCCUGCAUCGUCACCCAUGGGAGGUCGACGACGAAGACUCCUUUGUCGUCCCGCCGGAGUGCGCAGGUGCCAAUCCGUCCACCGCGACGGAGUCUGCUGCCACGCCGAUGUAUGCACCGCCAACUCCGAAGGCGCCGGCCGUGGACGCAAACAAAGAGCUCAUAGGAAAGCUCAGAGCCGAGAAAGAGGCACUUCUCGGAGAGAACACUCGCCUCGUUGCCCGUCUCAGAGAGACGGAGGAUGAGCUCGCGGAGGCCAGGAACCACCUGCGUGACGCCCAGUUUGGUUUGGAGGAAGCCAGCCGGCGCGCAUAUCGUGCAGAGCGUCAGCUCGACGAGCUUCAGAUGAGACGUUCGAAGUCUCGGAGAAGACGCAGCUCCUCCAGCCCGCGCGAAAGGCGCAGGAGAGAAGAGCAAUACCGGCGCGAUGACCGAGAUCGCCGAGAUGAUCGCUAUGAGAUAGGUCGCACUGCACGUUGGGGCCGGGACACCGAUGCCGCGGCGGGAGAGGGCGAGAUCACCCUCGCCUCCUCACCGGCGUAUCCUCCGGACGAGCCGCCAGCCGCACCACCGGCUGAGCUAGCAGCAGCAUCCUCCGGUGCGACGCGGGCCACCACCGUUGGUGGCAGUCCACGCGGCACCGCGACGCAGCCAAAUGUGUCGAUCUAG